UGAGCAAAGCCUAGAGCGAAGACGGCCAACUGCUCCUUGUCAGCCUCGUCUCAGGGGGUAACAGACCCCGGGGCGGUCGCCCAUUGGCUGGGCGGCGGGCCAAUGAGGGGUGCGAGAUGAGGGGUGACGGGCCUCCUAGGCGUGGGCUGGGCGGGGCGCUGGCGGCCGGUGCCUAGUCGCGAGCCACGGGUAGCAAUGUAACGGCUUCUCGUCUGUCGCACCCUCUCGGCUCGGCCCCCCACCCACAGACCGGCUCCGGGCAGCGCCGAGGGCGGCUGCGGCGGCGGUGGGGUGCGGGCUGAGGGAGCUGGGCCUCGACGUCCUCCCUCGUCCCCGUACCCCGGGAGCUGUAGCGAGUCCAGGAGGAGCUGGGGGGCCCUCAUGGAGGUGAGCGGCGGAGACACCUGCCGGCCCCGUCACCCCCAAGGCCCGAGGGAGGGACCUGAGCCGAAGGUGGCGUUCCGGGGGAGCGCGAAUCGUUGCUGGAACCUGAGUGUCGACACCAGCAGCCGACUAUCCGACGUGUUCAACAGCAUGAUGCUGACCGGCUCCACGUCCUUCUACGAUUGCUACAAAUCGCAGAAUGAAGACAACGUAGACCUAAGGCAGACCUGCACUCCACUCUCUUCAUCAACAGAGUAUGCAAGUUCUUUAGACUCCUCACUCUUCUAUGCACCAUGGUCGUCUUACGGAGACGAUAUUAAACAACCUUCUAGUUCACAGAUCAGUGUAAAGAACAGGAUUCAGACCGAAAGAAAUGACUAUGGCAGUGAAACAGACUUAUAUGGACUUGUGUCUAACAUUUUGGAAGAACAGGAUAAGUCACAGCCAUAUUUUGCUGAAGGGACCUGCUCCUCCAAUUUAAAGUCAGUUUGGCCAAUGAACACAAGCAGAUUUGUAGAUCACCAUGACCUCUUAACAGAAACCAAAAGGCCAAUAGAUACAACUAUUUCUCAGCAAGCUUUUUAUAGUGGUGAAUCUGUGUCAGCAGUGGAAAAGCAAUACUUGCAUAAUAAUAAUCUCACACCACAACAAAAAAUAGAUGAACUUUAUCAUGGAUAUACUGGUUUAGACCUUGAAGAACAAUGGUUAUACCUCUCAAGAAGUGAUCAUUCUAAUUGUUACAAUAUUCAGACAAAUGAUACAGUUAAGGCAACUUUCCAAGAAUAUCCAUUUAUCAAAAACUGUUUUACACCACAAACAGGUCUGUCUGAUAUCAUGAAAGAAUCAGGAAUUGAUACUUACUCUUAUGGAAGAGAAAAAAUAUGUGCUAAAGGUCUUGAAACACCAUUACAGCAUAAAAGAGCAGAAAUAUUUCUUUCCCAAUUUAAUAGAUAUAAUGAAAAUGCCGAUUAUUGUAGAUACCCAGAAUAUGCUCAUCCUAAUAAGGCAAAACUUAACAAAUGUUCAAAUUUUAGUGUUCAAGAUGGUAAAAAAUUAGCCAAUGGCACACCUGAAACACCAACUGUGGAGGCAGAUGCCUAUACGAAGUUAUUUCAAGUUAAACCAGCAAAUCAGAAAAAAAUGGAGGAGACAAUACCUGAUCAGCAGAAUUUUGCAUUUCAAAAAACACCACCACAUCUGACAGAGAAACAGUUUGCAAAGGAAGCAGCAUUCACUACUGAUUUUGGCUUAAAAUCGGAAUAUGGACUAAAGCCACACACAGCUUGUCCAGCUAAUAAUGAUUUUGCUAAUGUCACUGAAAAGCAACAGUUUGGUAAGCCUGAUCCUCUAAACUCUGAAUAUUUUAAAUCAGUGAAUUUAUUCUCAAAUUCAGCAACAUCUUCAGGAGGUAUCAGUUUAAACAGACCAACUUGGAUGAAUGUUCAAACAAAAAAUAACCUUCCUAUUCCUUAUCGAAAUCAAGGUAACUUGAUGAAAUUAAAUAGUCAUUUAACUGCAGCUUCAAAAGGUUCUAACCAUUCUUCAGAUUUCCCUCAGCUAUCAUCUACAAAUAUAACCUCAAAUAGCAAUUUAUUUCAGAAGUAUUGCCAAGAAAACCCUUCAGCAUUUUCUAGUUUUGAUUUUAGUUACAAUGGUGCAGAAAGAAUUCAAUCUGUGAAUCACAUGGAAGGACUAACAAAAACUGGAGAAGACAACCUCUUUGAAUCGGUCACAGAGAAAAAAAUAAAGCAGCAGAAUGGAUUUUGUGAUAGCUAUUCAGCUUCACAGUAUGGGAUAAUAGAAAAUGUAAACAAACAUAAUUUUCAAGCCAAGCCUCAGAGUGGACAUUAUGAUCCCGAAGACAUCCCAAAGCAUUUUGAUGGGUUACCCCAAAAUACAUAUCAAGAUCUAUUAGAAUCACAGGGUCAUUUUAAUAGCCACAGACAAGGAAGUGGAGAUAGCAAUAUUAAUAGCCGUGUGAAUCGCACACAGGCCUCAUGCUUUUCUAAUAAUUAUAUGAUGGGAGAUUUAAGACAUAAUCAGGGUUUUCAACAACUUGGUUCAAAUGGGUUUCCCCUAAGAUCUACCCACCCAUUUGGUCACUCAGUUGUUCCGCUGUUGGAUUCCUAUGAUUUGUUUUCUUAUGAUGACUUAAGCCAUUUAUAUCCUUAUUUUAAUGAUAUGAUGUAUGGUGAUAAUUCCUUUUCUGGCUUUGUGCCAACAUUUGGAUUUCAAAGACCAAUUAAAACCCGUAGUGGACCAGCCAGUGAGCUUCAUAUUCGUCUAGAAGAGUGCUAUGAACAAUGGAGAGCAUUAGAAAAGGAGAGAAAAAAGACUGAAUUAGCCCUUGCCAAGAAUUAUCCAGGAAAAAAAGUAUCCAGUACUAAUAAUACUCCAAUUCCCAGACUGACUUCGAACCCAUCUAGAGUUGAUCGCUUAAUUGUGGAUGAACUUCGAGAACAAGCCAGAGUUGUGACUUUACUAGGCAAAAUGGAACGUCUUCGAAGCUCUCCCCUUCAUGCUAAUAUAUCUACUGCUCUUGAUAGACACUUGGAGUCGAUUCACAUUGUACAGUCACGUAGAAAGGAUGAAAUUGUUAAUGCUUCAAAUCGGCAAAGACAAGGAGUGCCUAGGUGCCAAGAUGACAGAGAUGUUUUUGCUCUUGCUACAGCAAUUAAAGAGAUGUGUGUAGCUACUCGGAAAGCACGCACCACCCUAUGGUGUGCACUGCAGAUGACCUUGCCAAAAACAGCAAGUACAUCGGGCCAAGCCGAUAUGGAAAAGGCUUUCCAAGAGCUAGUAAACUGUGAAGAUAAAGUCCAUGAAAGCAUAAAUAGUAGCAAUCCAAUGAACCAGAGAGGUGAAACAAAUAAACAUUAAGGAGAUGACAGCAGAAGGAAG